AUGGAUGAAUCCACAAAGCCAAGUCAAUGCCAGCGGCAGCUGAUUCGUCAAGAUGGCAACGCCAGCAAGGUGAGAUCUUCAGCCGACGCGGGACUCCUGGUGCAGGAGCAGGCACUGUUGGUAUCAUCGAGGCAGCAGCAGAGCCAGGGAUGCCUGGUUGCAGUUGGACCAAAGCAGGGAUUUCUGGUUAGCGGCAGCAGUAGUGGAGCUGGGGACUCCCGAUUGCUGGGCGAGUGUGGGUUCAGCGGAGUCAGCAAAGUGGGCCAGGCAGCGAGGCACUGGCAGUCUCUCUUCCACUUACUGAAGGGCGUUUGUUUUGGAAUUUCAGCUGAAGAGCCAUCUGAGGAUUUUGUGAAACUACGAGAUUUCGUUCUCGCCAAACUGUGCCAGGAGCUCCAAGCCUUUGCACCUGAAAAACUCAAGAAAGGAUUCAGUGCUGAAAUGAUAGAAGAGGCCCGAAGAACUUGGAAGAUAAAUAAGCAUCACUCCCGACGAGUAUAUGAGAUUCUCCGGCUGCGCGUGACCAACAUGAGUGAUCCAGUGCAAAGCAGCGAGUACAGAUUGGAUGUGAAACGCAGGCUUGCUAUUCCUUUUAAGAAAAAUAAGAAGGAAGCAACACGUCUUUCCCGGUUGAUGCCAGAAGAUUGGCUUGCACAGCAAGCAGAGAUGAGCGUGAGCCAAGAGCAGGAGUACUUGGAGGAGACUUACCAGACCACUGUGGAACAGUACCGACGUAUUCUGGAGCGCUUAGCACGUGUUUGAAUUCAGUUGCAAAUCUUGCUCUUGUCUUGAUGCAGAGUUCAGAUUAGUCAACUGGGGAUUGUAAUAUUGCUGCAUUGUUGAAGGAACUGUUCCUAAUCACAAUAAGUAAAUGGUUUUUCCAUUGAAAUUGGAGCACUCAAUGUGAAGCCUUUCUCUGCUGUUGUGUACAGUUUGCUAAACAUCAAUCAGACACCAAGACAAACAUCUUUUUAAAAUGUGUAUAUAUAGAAGCACUGUACUAUAUAUUUUUAAAGACAUUUAUUCAGUUUUACUCCUGGAAUUUUCAGCCAUACUUAAUGGCAUUCUAUGAUUUUGGUGGGAGGAUAAGACCAAUAGACUCACUUUAGCAGAGAAAGGCACUGCUUUCUUUUGGCAUUGGAUAAAAGCAAAUUAAAAACUUCAUUUUUAUCUGAUUGCUGAACGUUCAAGCUUCCAAAAUAAAUAAAUCAGUUGAGUCUUUAUUUUGUAUCACUGUUUACCUGAGAAAGAUAAAUAUACCAAACUUUUUUUCCUGUAAACAGUGUUGUAUUCUCAAUGGCAUUGUUAAUACACUCGACAAUGUUUGAAUUCUA